UCCCAAAUCUGUGCAUAUUAAAGCUAGAUCCCCAGUGGGACAGAUGUCUUCAGUAGUGACCCCAGCUAAAGAAUCUAAUGCCAUGGGCCCCAAAGAAAUGGAGCUCAUUCUUGUUAAAGAACAAAAUGGAAUGCAAUUCACCAAUUCAACUCUCAUUAACCCAACCCAAACCAGCAUUGAAACAGAAGAAAGAGAAACCUGGAGCAAAAAGAUUGACUUUCUCCUUUCUGUGAUUGGCUUUGCUGUAGACCUAGCUAAUGUUUGGAGAUUUCCUUAUCUCUGCUACAAAAAUGGAGGCGGAGCUUUCCUGGUCCCAUACUUGUUUUUUAUGGUGAUUGCUGGGAUGCCACUUUUCUACAUGGAAUUAGCAUUAGGACAAUUCAAUAGGGAAGGAGCUGCUGGAGUCUGGAAAAUCUGUCCAAUAUUAAAAGGUGUGGGUUUUACUGUUAUCCUUAUAUCCCUUUAUGUUGGAUUCUUCUAUAAUGUCAUCAUUGCCUGGGCUCUCCAUUACUUUUUCUCAUCCUUCACUAUGGAUCUUCCCUGGAUACACUGUAAUAAUACCUGGAAUAGUCUGAACUGCUCAGAUACUCGUUUUUUCAACUCAAGUGACAACUUUGACAUCAACGACACCUAUAAGACCACUCCUGCUGCAGAGUAUUUUGAACGGGGAGUGUUGCAUCUUCAUCAAAGCAAAGGAAUUGAUGAUUUGGGCCUUCCUCGGUGGCAGCUAACCUCCUGCUUGGUUGUAGUAAUUGUGCUGCUUUAUUUCAGCUUAUGGAAGGGAGUGAAGACAUCUGGGAAGGUGGUAUGGAUUACGGCCACUAUGCCAUAUGUAGUCCUCACAGCCUUGCUACUACGAGGGGUCACCCUUCCAGGAGCCAUUGAUGGUAUUAAAGCCUACUUGAGUGUUGAUUUCUACCGUCUCUGUGAGGCAUCCGUUUGGAUAGAUGCUGCCACUCAAAUAUGCUUCUCUCUUGGUGUUGGGUUUGGUGUGUUAAUAGCAUUCUCCAGUUACAAUAAAUUUACUAACAACUGUUAUAGAGAUGCGAUUAUCACUACCUCUGUCAACUCCCUGACAAGCUUUUUUUCUGGCUUUGUCAUCUUCUCCUUUCUGGGCUAUAUGUCACAGAAACACAAUGUGCCCAUUGGUGAUGUGGCCAAGGAUGGACCUGGACUUAUUUUUAUCAUCUACCCUGAAGCAAUUGCUACUCUCCCUUUGUCCUCUGCCUGGGCUGUGGUUUUCUUCAUUAUGCUUCUCACAUUAGGGAUCGACAGUGCUAUGGGAGGAAUGGAGUCUGUGAUCACUGGGCUGAUUGAUGAAUUUAAGUUUCUCCACCGGCACCGAGAGCUGUUCACCCUGUUCAUUGUCUUGUCAACAUUUCUAACCUCCCUCUUCUGCGUCACCAAUGGUGGCAUUUAUGUUUUUACACUGCUGGAUCAUUUUGCUGCAGGAACAUCUAUUCUUUUUGGGGUACUCAUUGAAGCCAUUGGGGUUGCAUGGUUUUACGGUGUUGGUCAGUUCAGUGAUGACAUUAAACAAAUGAUCGGUCGAAGACCUGGCUUGUAUUGGCGGCUUUGCUGGAAGUUUGUCAGCCCCUGUUUUCUUUUGUUUGUGGUGGUGGUCAGCAUUGUUACAUUCAGACCACCCAAUUAUGGAACGUACAUCUUUCCAGACUGGGCCAAUGUGGUGGGCUGGAUAAUUGCUACUUCUUCCAUGGCGAUGGUACCGAUUUAUGCUACCUACAAAUUCUGCAGUUUACCCGGAUCUUUUCGUGAGAAAUUAGCUUAUGCAAUCACUCCUGAGAAAGAACAUGGCCUGGUAGAAAAUGGGGAAGUGCGUCAAUUCACUCUUCGCCAUUGGCUAAUGGUGUAGAAUUAUGUGAAGAAAGAAGAAAAUGUGAAUCAUCUUAGAAAGAAUAAUCAAAACAUGAACUGAUGGAGAAGGGAAGGCUAUUUUUACUAUGUAACCUCUUCUUUACUGCAAAGGAGAAAAAGAAAAAAGAAAAAAUAAUUUCUCUUCUUACUGCACAGUGUCUGCACCAAGGGAUAAGUUAUUGUUAUUGUCCUGUGCUGGUUAAAUAUAGCAUACAAUUAGUGUGGUGAGUUCUUUGGUUCAAAUGCUCAGUCACUACUAGGAGGAAAAAGCAAAUCACUUUAUGCUAUUCAUGCAGAGCCCUUUGUCCAAAUCACACUUAAGGUCACAGGAAUAUAACCUACAGCAUCUUCUUUAUGUUUUCUUGGUGAAUUUGGAGAGAAAGGAAUAUCUUAGUCAAUAUCUAUCAGAAAUGUGUUAUGUUGCAAAUUUGAGUGUCUAUUACUAACUUAUAGGUAAUUUCUACAGAAACCAACUAUUCCAUUUUGUUUAAUUGUGAUAAUGUGAAACAACAAAUAAAAGUAAUUCUUGAUUUCAGACCAUUUAAAAAAUCUCUAGUUCAAAAUUAAGGCUACCAAAAAAAGAAUUAUGAUUAUGUAUAAUAUAUAAUAGUGGUAUAUUUAGGAAACCAUCAAGGUCAAAUGUAUGUUAAGUAUGAUCAGAGAUUUUUAAAAAUUCAUUUUCACUUAGUUGAGAGGAAAAGAGAGGUUGAAUUAGCUUUAUACAACUUUAUACCUAGUAGCUUGGAGAAUUCAGAACAAUCCAAUAUGACUUGGCUCUGAACUGAGUUAACAGAAAAGUAAGUCACAUUUAUUGAGCAACCUCGUGGACACAACAGAACAGAAUUUCAGAACCACAAGGGGCAUUCAGUUGCCAAAUGCAGGUACAGUUAUGUGAAUCUCAUAGCUGUGUAUCAUCAUAGGGACAUCUAAUUACGAAGUGGCCAGCCAUUCUAUGCCUAGUUUUAUAAUAUAGAAAGAAACAUGUUCUGGAAUAUUAGCUGCCUACAUAAUGUGUGUCUUGAUCUUCCAAUCACAGCCCCUCUUCAGAUAUGGUACCAUUUAUGAAUGAUUCAUUCUUGCAUGUCUGUCUUUGUAACAAUAAUGGUACCGUGCCACAGACUGUAAUUUGCUUGUGGAAUGAGACAAAAUCUUGAAAUGUCAUACAAAUACAUUGCACCUUUUGGGUAUAUUGAUUAAAAAUGCUGUAUUAUAAUAGUUCAGAUUGAUUGGCAGAGCCUGUCUGAAAUUAUGAAUUUAUUUCUUUCAGAGAUGAAAUAAAAUUCAUUUGUUGACACUGAGUGCCAAUAUCCUGCCAAGGAAUUCAGAAUAGCACAACUUAUAGCCUAGUUCUUCUUUUGACUGAGCUAUCUGCCAUCAGAUUUAUACCUGACAGCUCAAGUAUUUUCAUUCUCUAUAGCUAGAGCAGUGACUUAGCUUGAAUGGAUUUUUUUCCCAGUGGUCAUGAGAUGAUUUAUCAUGAUUGAGUUAUUCAACUCUAAAUUUAUCCACAUUGAUGAGUCAUAACAGGUUGUAGGGAAAACAAAAAAGAUAAUAAGAAGACAGAGAUGCCUUAUAAUCUAGCCAUGCACAACAAAGCCAGAGCCCACAUAAUUCAUGUUGCUCUAAACCCAGCGUUCUUAACCUUUUUGUGUCAUAGAUCCCUCUAGGAGGCUGGUGGAGCCUACACACCCCCUUCUCUGAAUGUUUUUAAAUGCAUGCAAUAAAAUACACAAAGGAAACCAAUUAUAUUGAAAUAAUUAUUUUUAAAAAAUAUUUGAGUUGAUGGAAUUCAGGUCAAGAACCUCUAUUCUCUAGUCACAAUUGACAUUAUAGAACAAUGUAUCUUAUCACAGAUUCACAUAUGAAAAUUCAAUUCAAAGAUCUGAAAGAAAAAAAUGUUGACACAGGAGAACAAUGAUGCUUAAGGAGGAAUACAUUCAUAUACUAUAACUACAAGCAAUCCUAAAACAUACCCAAAAUGUGGAAUAGAGUAGCACAUUUGUACUGUCAAGAGAGAUAGAUUCUAAUUUCUGCUGUGUCUUUUGCUAUCCUGUAAACUUUUAACAAUUUAUAACCAGAGUCUCACUCAUAUGAUAUGGGGCAAGUACCUCUCAGAGUUGUAAGAACCAAAUAACUUACUUGUAUAAUCAUUAUUUAUUGAUUUGUGAUAAAAACUAGAUUCUAAUAUAAUGUUAAAUGUAGAACAUGCUACCCUGUAAUUAGUAAUGGAAAGAACCUUUUGUGUUAAAAAAAAUAAUAAUAAUAUUUUACUCUGGUGCUGUACCAUCUGAAAGGAUGAAAGAAAAAGAAAUGAAGGAAGGAAAAAAAGGAAGGAUGGAAUGAGGAAACAAAAGAAUGAAAGAAGGAUCUCUAUUCUAAACUAAACAGCUUUGACUUAAGGCUAAAGGUAUUAAUUAUUCAUUUUAUUUCUUUUAAAUGUACACACUAGACAACAAUAUUCAUUUUAAUGUUAGGAGAAUGUUUUUAGAUAUCCUAUUAAAUAGGCAGAAAUACUACAUAAUGGGGUGAGAUUAAAAGUUUAGCUCUUAUUAUGGCUACUUCCAAUCCUUAAUUACUUAAAUAUCCCUAACAAGAAUAUCUCAUCAUAGAUAUUUUUCAAAAAUUAUCGAGCUUAUUAUGUGAUAUUUCCCAUAGAAGGAAUACAUGUGUCAUUAUUCUAAGCACAUGUUGAGAGCUUUUGAGUCUAUAAUGUUUGUAUGAAAACUUGUAUAAUAGCUGUUGAAAACUGAGGUGCUGUUAAUGAAUGUGGAAAAAUACCAAUGACUUUUUUUUAAAGCAACUUCUAGUUAUGUCUUACCUGUAGGUUUCUGAACCCACUAGUCUAUUUCCCAGAUGUCUAAUGCAUGUGGAAAAUGAAGUCGGACCAAUGCCUAAAGAACUUUGUGGGACAUCAUAGUUUGUUGUCUAUAACUUUGUUUUGUGCUUGUGGUAGAGAGGAAUCCAAUGUAUAUAUUCUUCUCAGUUUAAGUUUAUUGUUUCUAUGUACUUUGUGUAGAAAACUUGAUGUCAUAAAUGUUGAUUCAUGUUUCACUAAUCAAUAAAUAUCUUGUCUGGGUCACUACUAACAAUAAAAUUCUAAAUAGAAAAAACAUCCUACCUUAAGAAAAUGGGCACUAUUUGUUUCUGUUGAUUAAAUUUUUGAUUGUUUCUCAUAGCUAAAAAUUCUCACUUAAGUGAACCAAAUCUUUUAGUAAGUAAAUGAUGAGAUCUUUGGUGCUAUUAUAUAAUAAAAGAUAGGUUACACCUGAGUAUAGGACAUCCCACUAAAAUGAGGUCUAUUUGAAAGAAAACUAAUGUACAGGUAAUCACUGAAAAAUAAUACAUCAUUGGUCAUCCUGCCAUUUAGGGGAGGGGGUGGGGGGAAGAAGGGGAAGAAUUGGAACAAAAGUUUGGCGAUUGUCAAUGCUGUAAAAUUACCCAUGCAUAUAACUUGUAAAUAAAAAGCUAUUUAAAAAAAAAAAGAAAAGAAAAAUAAUACAUCUCUUAAGCUGCCCUUCGGUUUGAGAAAGAGAAGAUGGACUAAUAGUAUGAUAAGAAUGAUGGGUUACCAACAGGUAGCCUGUACACUAUAGUCAUAUUCUUGGUUUAUUACAAGAAAACAAAGAAAACUGUUGGAAUGAUGAAUAGAUCUCUUAGAAUGAACUUAGUGGAGUUAGAAAACAAGAAUCAUUCAGGGAUAGAUGGAGAACAAUCUGAAUCAGUCAUGUUUCUUUUAUAUAGACUUUGAUUGAGUAAGCAGUCCUAAACUCAUCCACACUGGAGAGUUGAGAUGGGUUGUAGAGAAAACUAAAAGGAUAACAAGAAACUGAGAGAUCUUAUACUCUAGUCAUGUACAAGAAAGAAAAGACCAUAUAAUUCAUGUUGCUCUAUACCAGGAGUUCUUAACCAUUUUCAUAUCAUAGAUCUCUUUGUCAGUCUGGUAAAGCCUAUGCCUCUUCCUCAAAAU